AUAAAACUUUGACGAGAACAUCAACAUAUCCGACCUGUGAAGUGUUCACUUCUGUGGCUGUGUAAGAGGUCAGCAGCGACACAGUGCAUCAGCUGGAGUGUUAGUGUGCUUCCUGUUAGCCAUCACACCUCUGUGUUGAGCUGAAUCCUCUCAGGCUCUGCAGGGGAGAGACACACACAUAUGCUCCAUCACGAUGGAGGCUAUGGCCAAGUACGACUAUGAAGCUACAGCUUCUGAUGAACUCAGUUUCAAAAAGGAAGAGCGAUUAAAGAUUCUGCAGACGACUGGAAACUGGUACAAAGCAGAAUGCGAUGGAGUUGAGGGGUUUGUACCCAAGAACUUCAUCAACUUUCAUCUGCCCAGCUGGUACCAGGAGAACUGCAGUCGCAGUGACGCUCAGGGGCAGCUGAUGUCGCAGUCUGUGGGAGCCUUCAUCUUACGAGGAAGCCAAAACUCAGCCUCUGGUCGCUUUUCCAUCUCUGUCAGACAUGCAUCAGAUGUGCAGCACUUCAAGGUGUUGCAGGACAGCAGUGGGCAGUACUACCUCUGGUCAGAAAAGUUUACUUCCUUCAACCAGCUGGUGGAACAUUACAAGAACAACUCUAUCUCCCUACAAAGUCGAAUAUUUCUACAUGAGAUACAGCAACAGCAAAGUGAUAAAACAACUGCCUCUGCUCCUCCAUUACCCCCCAACUGCCCACCUAUACCUGCACCACGACAGCACAAGGCCCCCCCCAUGCCGCAGGUCAGAGCUCUGUACAGUUUCCUCGCUGAAGAGAAGGAUGAGCUGGGUUUUAAUGUCGGUGAUGUCAUCCAGGUCCUGGAGCGCCCCGACGCGGCCUGGUGGAGAGGCCAGCUGAGGGGCAAAACAGGCCUGUUCCCCUCAAACUACACUGUACCCCUCUGAGAGGAACACACACAGAAUUGUUUUUAAAAAAGAUUUCAGAAACUUUUCCAGCAGAUUUCUACUGUCAAGUCUUAUUACUUGACCCUACUUACAAUAAUUCACAAACAUACAACAAGCUUACUGUUUAAGUCAUUUUUAGGGGAUUUCAUGUAUCACAGUUUUACAUAAUAAGAAUCUCAUUUAAGACAUUCCAGAAUUGAUAUGCACUUGUACAAAAUGACUUAAGGAUGACAAUUUAAGUACAAUUAUUAUGAUAUAAACAGAUGAGGUUUAUUUUAAUUUAAAUAUAUGUUAUAAAAACACAAUCAAUGCAUUCAUCAUUUAACCUCUCCUUUCAAGUAGUGGAAUGUAACAGCUACAUUUCACUGAAGAUUUAGGUGAUAAUUUGCUAAUUAAACACUUCAUCUGUUUAGAAAAAGAAGACAUGAACUGCAUUUAUCCCGCGAGAGGAAAUUCAAUUUCACACUGUUGUUGAACAUGCUACACACACACACACAGGCUGUAAUACAUACACAUGCACAAACAGGAUCCUAUGGACAUAUCCUGAUGGAGAGAAGUCAGAGUGAGUCAAUAUAAUAAUUUGAUGUAUUCAUUUUAUGAAAUGUGAUUAUGAUGUGAUUUUUCUGUGAAGAAAAGUGAAAACUGAGGGCAAAUGCUUCUUUGUAAAAGUGAACAUUUAAAAGUUAUUAUACAAUAACAGCAUCUGAAAUAUUCAUAAAUCCUCCCGUUAGUUAAUAUGCAAUUCCACAAAAUUAUUUACUGCAAAUUUACUUUCACGCAGUACAGAAUGAAUCAUUAAAGAACAGAGAAUAUUUAAAGUUGAGUUGUCAAAUUGAAACUGGGAUUUGUCAUUUACUGUGUUAAGGCAUGUGACACAGACACAAUCUGGAAUGACCGUCAUAUAAUUAUGUUGUAUCUGUGUUCAUUACCUGGGAAGGUUUGUCUUUGUGCAAUGAACAAGCAGUAGAGCAGCUAUUAAACGUCUAAGGUGUCAACAGAAGCCAUCUUUUGCAUUCAGGCUUCUUCUGCAAGUUAAAAAUUCUGUCAGAAACCUUUGCAAUAUUUAGUUUAAACAUUGUGGCAAAAGAAAUACAGUCUGGAAACAACAUUUUAUUCAUGCUUCAUUGAAAGGAAGAAUGUGCAACAUGUUACACAAAAAUAUAGCAGAAAUCAAGUACAUGCAAAAUGUCUCUCUGGGUCAUGACUUUCUACAAUGAGUGAGAAGCGCAAGCCGUGUUAACAUCAUGUUUACAUGGACGGGACGGCCGACUAAGUGAAGCUACAAGCUAACUAAAGUGUGCUAACAUUAGCCCACCCAAAACAAUGCAGGCCACAGACAAUUUUUGUCCUCCGGUUGAGCUAAAUUCCUCCGUGAGAACUCAAGUGAGGGUUGGAGGUGUGUCGCUGGAGGACAGCGGAAAUGUUUAGUAUGGCGGAGGUGCAGCCUAAAAGCAGUUUGUUUUGGUUUCAUGUUGUAACUCAAGGGCGACAUCUACUGGAUAAAAAAAUGUUGUACAUUCUUCCUUUAAAGAAAUAUAUCUAUAGAUAUUCUAUAAAUCACACAGUUGGAAUCCUUGUUUUCUGAAUAUGAAAGUUGGUUGGGUGUCAGUGUGUUAGCUUUUGAUGAUCUGUCUUACAAAUUCUGCAUUUUAGGCUGGUCUCCCUAUAAAACAUUAAACAAUCUAACAGGA